AAUAAAUUUUAAUGGGUAUGAAAAGGUUGAGUUUUUUUUUCUCCUUGGACAGGCAAGUUUUAUUGGAAGUUUCUGAGUGCGUCCAGAUGUGGCAGGAAAUGAGGCGUCUGUCCCAAUUGAUUAUAUAAUGCAAUAAUCUGUGUGAUCAUCUCCAUUUUCCUCUAACAUCGCACAAACCUUUUCUUCUGUUUUCUGUUUCUUUCAAAUGGGAAGUGUUAUCAAUCCGAGGGAAGAUUUCAUGUCCAAAUUUUGGGUCGAAACUCAGAAGCUAUGGUUAAUCGUUGGCCCUUCUAUUUUCAGCCGUGUCUCUAACUACACCAUGAAUAUCAUAACCCAAGCUUUCGCCGGCCGUUUAGGUGAUGUCCCACUCGCUUCUAUUUCCAUCGCCAACACUGUACUUGUGGGUUUCAAUUUCGGCCUCUUAUUAGGGAUGGCAAGUGCUUUAGAGACACUAUGUGGACAAGCAUAUGGAGCCAAAAGAUACCAUAUGUUGGGAAUUUACUUGCAACGUUCAUGGGUAGUACUUUCCCUUUGUUGUUUCUUGUUACUUCCUGUCUAUUUUUACGCCACCCCUGUUCUGAAACUGCUUGGACAAGCCGACGAUGUAGCAGAGCAAUCAGGGGUAGUAGCGCUUUGGUUAAUACCACUUCAUUUCAGCUUUGCGUUUCAAUUUCCAUUGCAGAGGUUUUUGCAAUGCCAAUUGAAAACCCAAGUGAUUGCUUGGGUUUCUUUCAUAGGAUUAGCUAUGAAUAUUUUGGCUAGUUGGGUUUUCAUUUAUGUAUUGGAAUUUGGGGUGACUGGAGCAGCCAUAGCUUUAGAUAUAUCUUGGUGGGUUCUGGUUUUGGGAUUGUAUACCUACACUGUUGGUGGUUGGUGCCCUUUAACUUGGACUGGCUUCUCUUUCCAAGCCUUCAAUGGCCUCUGGGAUUUCACUAAGCUCUCCAUUUCUGCUGGCUUCAUGCUCUGCUCGGAGAAUUGGUAUUACAGGAUAUUAGUACUGAUGACAGGGAAGUUAAAGGAUGCUACUACAGCUGUAGAUGCAUUGUCAAUAUGUAUGAGCAUCAAUGGAUGGGAAAUGAUGGUUCCUUUAGCAUUCUUUGCGGGCAUUGGAGUUAGAGUGGCAAAUGAACUUGGAGCUGGGAAUGGGAAAGAAGCCAAAUUUGCAACAAUUGUAUCAGUGGUGCAAUCAACAGUGAUUGGUGCGGUGAUUUGUGUUGUUAUAAUGAUAUUUCACGAUAAGAUAGCCUUUAUCUUCACAGACAGCAGCAGUGUUGUGAAAGCUGUGGAUUCACUUUCAAGCUUGCUAGCCGUCACCAUUCUCUUGAACAGCAUUCAACCUGUUCUUUCAGGGGUGGCAGUUGGAUCAGGAUGGCAAUCUUGGGUUGCAUACAUAAAUCUUGGCUGCUAUUAUCUUAUUGGCCUGCCCCUUGGUUUCCUUAUGGAAUGGGUUUUCCACUCUGGUGUGCUGGGAAUUUGGGGUGGGAUGAUAUUUGGUGGCACUGCAGUUCAAACAAUAAUAUUAGUGAUCAUCACCAUGAGAACUAACUGGGAUCAUGAGGCACAGAAAGCACAAGAACAUGUAGAAGAAUGGUCCAGUCCUCAAGAAAACGAGAAGCCUCUUCUCGCCUAAUUUUUGUAGUUAUAAUUUAUAAAAUUAAAGUUCAAAAAUCAUUUUGUGUAAUGUUCUAGAUGUUCAAUCUUUCAAAAUAAAUUUAAUAUUUGAUUCUACAUUUUUAAAUAUAA